AGCAGGGUGGCCCAGUCCGAUCUUCAGUCGACGAUCGGCUUCCAAGCAGGAAGGAGCAGUAAAACAGAAACAGAUCCCUACUCGAAACUCGAAGAGAGGGAACCGAAGAGACAACCAGAACGUUGUUUGCACCACCAGAACGUUCACAAACGCGCCAAGUAAAACAGCAGCGUGGUGAACAUUAGUGGGGUCUCACCCAGCAAGCAAGUGCAUCUCGGCUAGUGAGGCAUAGCGGACAGCAAAAAGACAUUACCGGAACCUGGAGCUGCGAACGGUGAUUGUUAACGGUGGCAUUUUGGUGAACAUUGACAGUGACUUCCUGCAGGACAGUUCAAACUUGCGACAUAGCGAAGCGUUUUAAAGACGCAUUAUCACGAUGCCGGCAGAGUGUUCCGCUAACCCGCUGCAACGGGCCCUGGCCGACGCCAUCAUCCGGAUGGUGUCCAUGGACGAGCUGCGCAUACUGCUCGCGUGCGGUGCGAAGGUUAACGAGCAGGUGACGCAAGGUCUGCGGCCGCUCCACUACGCCGUCUGGCAGAACAAUGAAGCGGCCGUUAAUCUGUUGAUCGUGCGCGGCGCUGACAUCAACGCGAUCGAUGAGGUCGGCUACAGUGCGCUGCAUCUCGCGGCGGAGCAUGGAUAUAUGCAUCUGGCGAAGAUUCUGCUGGACGCGGGCUGUAAGGUGGACUACCGGGAGCCAACGAACGAUCCGUACCCACGGACCACGCUGUGCGAUGAGCCGCUGCGUUUGGCACUGCGCAACAAACACUACGAGGUGGCCCGUCUACUGCUCGAUCGUGGUGCCGAUCCGAACAAGCGCUACUUCUUCGGCUCGGAGAUCAAUCUGGCCACGGACGUGGAAAGUCUCGAGCUGCUGCUUACGUACGGCGCAAGCACGGAGGCACGCGAUCGUUCCGGCAUUACGCCACUGAUGCGAGCCGUGCGGACGAAUGGAAAUAUCGAUUCGGUGCUGCUGCUGCUGCACUACGGUGCGGACGUGAAUGCGAUGACGGAUGCAAGGAACGAUUACAGAACGGUGCUGCAUUACGCGGUUCUGUCAGGUAAUGCUUCGCUCGUGACGAUGCUUUUGAAACAGGGUGCACGUGUAGACAUUCCUGCACCACUGCCAGAACCGGACCGUCCGAGCCCGCUCGAUCUGGCCGUGUUGCGUGGUGAUCCCGUGCUGGUGCGAAUCCUUCUCGAGCAUGGUGCCAACGUGAAUCGUAGCAGUCCCGUCAUUGGUUCCCCGUUGCAUGUGGCCUGUGCCGAUAAUAUUCCCAACAGAGUUGAAAUCAUGAAGAUGCUCUUGUUUUACGGUGCCGAUCCAAACAUACGCGUCGUGGGCGAUGUUGCCACCAAUGCGAUACUGCGUCCUCCACUGGCCGAGCUGCUUGCCAGCAACGAACACGUGACGCCACAGGAGCUGCAUUUGUUGCUGCGAUACGGUGCAAGGGUUAUACUGAAGACCCAGUACCGCGAUCCGGACGGUUUGCUUAACUGCCUCUCGAACCUGCACCACGAAUCGGACGCCUUCCGCAUCGUGCUGGACGCUGCCGAAGAGUUUGACCCCUGCAUGAUACGCCGCAAUCAACAGCUCACCGAUGAGCAGCGCGAUCUGCUGGUAGAACGUGCCUCGGUUCCGCGGAAGCUCAAGUCGCAGAUUCGUGCCCACUACCGCCGAUUGUUUGGCCGGAACUUGUGUGAGUUUGUUCCGCCACUGUUCAUACCGGGCGAGCUGAAAAGCUAUCUGCUUUACGAACAUAGCCUGUAAUGGGGCUUGGAACCCCUAGUGGGCAUCCCGUUUUUCUUUUACACUGGACCUGAUAAGACUACUAUUACUACUACUACUACUAUUACUGUCCUGUUGGUGAAUCGUCCACUAUUCCCAUCAUAUGAUAGACUAGUUUGUUAAGCGACUGUUUCUCGAGCCUGUAUGGGUGUCCUCGACUGGACUGGCCGUGACACGGUGAUGAAGCAGCUUUGGUGCUUUCCGUUGCGGAUUUGCGUACGCACAGGGAGAGCGUUUACAAGAGUGCUCUGUUUCGAGAGUGAUACAUUGUGAAACGGUUGUGAUAUUUGUGGAGUGGAAACAUUUUGUCUCUUGUAUAAUGUGUUAUAUACACACACACACACUCACCAUGUCGAUUAAAAUAAGUUUAUGAAUGAUCGAACUGUUAGUUUGUAAGAUUUUGUCGGAAAGGCUAUUCCGCACUUCAAGGAAAAGGAAGAUUCAAUAAAUACGUAAACUGAUGUGA